AGCAGUCGGGGUUCAGCUCCCCUUCCUCCCCGGUCCCGCAGUCGGGGUUCAGCAGUCGGGGUUCAGCUCCCCGUCCUCCCCGGUCCCCGUCAUCGGGGUUCAGCUCCCCGGUCCCCGCAGUCGAGGUUCGGCUCCCCUUCCUCCCCUGUCCCCGCAGUCGGGGUUCCGCUCCCCUUCCUCCCUGUCCCCGCAGUCGGGGUUCAGCAGUCGGGGUUCCGCUCCCCGUCCUCCCCUGUCCCCGCAGUCGGGGUUCCGCUCCCCUUCCUCCCUGUCCCCGCAGUCGGGGUUCCGCUCCCCUUCCUCCCUGUCCCCGCAGUCGGGGUUCAGCAGUCGGGGUUCCGCUCCCCGUCCUCCCCGGUCCCCGCAGCCCUGACAGAGGAUGGUCCGGGGGAGGGACCCUCCACACUUGCCGGGAUCUCAGUGACCAGAGAAGAUGGGCUCCGUGGAUCUCCAUCACACCCUGGUAGAACUUCUCCCGUGGAAUGUGUCCCUGUUUGGCUCCAUGUCCCCGGGCAAUGCCAGUGUCUGGGGGCCCCCUCCGUUCUCCAGCAGCGUCCUCCUCUCUGCCCAUGAGCCGGGCACCAUCGUUCUGGUGCUCAUGUACUCUGCCUCCUUCCUGGCUGGCUUGGCAGGGAACAUCAUGGCAUUGAGGGUGCUGGGGACCCGCAGGAGAAGAAGAUGUCGCUUUUCCGCAGUCUCUGGGACCAGGGACCUCCUUGUGAACCUGGCUGUAUGUGACAUGAUGGUCAUAUGUAUUUGUAUGCCAAUCAACCUCGGCCACCAGGUGCACAAUGCCUGGGUGUUUGGAGACUUCUUGUGCAGAGCUGUGCCCUUUGUCCAGGCAGUGUCAGUGUCUGCCAGUGUCCUCACCCUGGCAGUCAUCAGUCUGAACAGGUACUAUAGUGUGCACAGCCCCCUGCAUGCCAGGACUUUCUACACCACCAGAAGGCUGGGGAUGAUGAUCCUGGUGGUCUGGCUCUUCUCUUCUGGCCUCUGUGUGCCCCUUCUGUUCAUGAACAAGACCCAGAACUUGGUCCUUUUCCCUGGUAAACUGGCACUGGUGGUUUGUACAGAAAGCUGGCCCAGUAUAAACAUGAAGCUCAUCUACAACUUCCUCCUCUUCUGUGCCCUCUAUGUCUUCCCUGUUUUAUUUAACCUACUCAUCUGCUUUCUUACAAGUCGCCGACUAUGGGGGGCAAGUGACACUGUCCUUGACAAGAACACCUGGUCCUUGUCUGGAUCCCGGCUAAAGGCUCGGAAGAAAAUUGCCAAGAUGGUGAUGGCCUUGGUCCUUCUGUUUACAUUGUCCUGGCUGCCCCUCUAUGUGGUGGACAUCUGGAUCGACAUCAAUAUGGCCUAUAUGCCCUCUGGGCGAGGUACUGGGGCAUCUCCACAUAACUGGGUCCUCCAGAUGAGGCCAUUCGCCCAGUGGCUUGGUCUCACCAAUUCCACCCUUAACCCCUUAUGCUACUGCUUCGUAGGCAACUUGUACAGAUCAGCCAAACACUUUAGAAAUAGCUAUCGAGAAAGGAUAGUCUCUAUUUUUAGCAUGUCGCUGACCCAAGCCCCAGGGGGACCCUUCUGCGCCCAGGAUAUUACGCUACAAAGGUUCCAGAGAGCCAAUGGAGCAGCAGCCCAAAAAAGGCAACUUCCGGACAACGUUUCGACCUCUCACGAAGAACAGAAGUGCUUCCAGUGAACAGUACCCUGGCGUCACGAAACCUGCACAUAUCUGAUGGGGGACUAUGCCCAUGCCUGGGCCCUUCUCUGCUGGGACCCUGACUGUUUCUCUAGGCUUCUAUCGAUUCUACUGUCAUAUGUGUAAUGUUAAGCUAUCCCUGGCACUUAUUGAUCAUGCUGUAACGUGGCAUGUGCCCCUAAUUACAAUGCCCAUGUGAGCCAACAAGG